UUCCUCCUUUCCAAAUUGAUCUGUGAGACCUGUCCUCCGCUGUGGGGGAAGGCUGGUUUAACAAGGUCUAUGAGCCAGGAUGCCUACAGCUCUGAUUCUCUGGAUCAUUCUACAGGGAACCGUACGACCAAUCAGGUCGAUUCUCAUUUUUCAAUCGAUCCCUCGAUAAAUCCCGAGAAUAUCGUCGACAAAUACUGGGAGCUCAAAACGCGAUUUCAGCAACUUGAAGAGAAACGCAAGGGAGAUAGCAACUCUUUGCAACGUUCGAGUGAUUGUGAUGUCAGAAUACGCGAAGAGCGAGAGUAGGUAAGAAAACUCUUGUCAAGGAUGCGCUGACGGUGAUUUUAUUCUAGCUCACUCCUGGAAAGAAUUUCGGAACUGGAAAAGCAACCGAAGAUUCGUUCGUUGGGGAAGUCCGUACCUUUGAAAACCACCGGCCAGGCCAACGAUGAUAGCAUUCACUCUAUGAAUCGAGCGCGUAAACGUGCCGGGAAGCCCAUAAACACAAGUCCUCGACGGUCAAAGCGAUUUCGCACCGACUUCGACCCCGACUUACCCCAUGACGAUGAAUUGGCAGUCGCAGCUCUUCUCAUCGAAAAAGUUUCCAGAAGUCGAUCUUCCUCCCCUUUAACUCAGCAAGCAGAUGUCGCUGCCGAAGGCCUGGUCCCCCCCACGGGUGAUGAAAUCACCAAUACUACCCUCAAUGCAACUCCCCAUCGCCCAGUCCGAGGGAAAAGACGUUCCGGUCGUCAUCCUCCAGCUUCGAAGGCCGCGUCUACUUCGUGCACCCAAAGUACGGAUACGAAUGUUUAUCCUCCAUCGUCUUCAGGACCAGUCAUUGAUCCCAGCUUGACUGAGAGAUCUACUACCCCAAGCGAAAAGGGUUCAGCUUCCGCCGCAUCUCCUUCUGAUCCCUCCCCUACAACUCCUGCACAACCUUCCGCCUCUUCCUCCAUGGCAUCUAAUCCCUAUGCCGCAUACCUGACCAGCAACAAUCCCUACGCCUACUAUUAUCUACAUCCUCACUUACCUCCUGGAAUGCAUCCAGGGAUGGCCAUGUCCGGUAUACCCCCGCCAGGAAUGUACGUUCCUCUGCCUGCUCCCCCAAUGAAUUCACCUAAGCUUGUGGUACCUGUGCAAUCGCAACAAUUAAAUGAUCCGUCCGGGCAAGCUCAAACGAAGCCCAAACGGCUCAAGUCGCAUGCCGUAACCACGAAAAGCUUUAACAUUCCAAUAGUACCAAGGGAUAGUCAAGGAAGGCCCUUGUUACCUUUGAAUGUCGGUAUCAUGACCGUCAUAUCACUGGGGGAAGUUUGUUUGAGAGAACACUUCCAUACCGAGAGGUAUAUCUUCCCCGCCGGUUAUCAGGUUACGAGGCGUUAUCUGUCCACUCAGGAUAAGAAUCGUGAGGUCGUAUAUCACUGUACGAUUUUAGAUGGAGGGGAUGGCCCUAAGUUUCAGAUCGUCCCUUCGGAUGCCCCAGAAUUAACGGUGAUAGCUGGGACGGCUACCGGUGCAUGGUCGAACAUAGUCAGAAAGGCCAACGCGAUCCGAAAUAGACAGCACUCCAACUCAGUGUCAGGCCCAGACUUUUUCGGCCUGGGACAAAACACGAUCAAGCAUCUCAUUCAACAACUACCGAAUGCCGACAAGCUGCGAGAUUAUGUUUGGCAGAAUUUUGUAGAAGGAGGGCCUCUUGGUGGACGACAUGCUGCCGUUGUCCCUGCAUUACCGGAAGAUUAUGGUUCUUCGAUGGCUAUGGGAGCAUAUUACAGACCCGGUACUAAUAAGCCUUCAACGAACCAGGUCGUGAAUAGCAAGCAUUACCCGCCUUACUCAAUCGCUUCAAACCCACCAUCGCAAUCACGGCAAGAUUCCGUUCCUAUCGACCCACAGCUAGCCGCUCCUACCCCCCAUUCCGGUAAUAGUGAUGCUGAUGCUGCUCAGGAUGAUGCAUCGUUAAUUACUGGUGACAGUUCUGCAGGUGUUGCUACCACCAUAGCCAGCAUCAUGAAUACCCCUUCCUAUUUCUGAUGCGAGCGCCGGAAUCAGUUGACCAGGUUCAGAUGUAUCAUAUCUGUGUAAAAAUAACCGCUGUAUCAUUUAUUCUCUCAUUUUCUAGGUGUUCUGUGUAUGCGAACCUGUUUUGCGGUCCCCUUGUUCACCUCUCACUUUGGUCGAUUCCUUGUUUCCGUGAUGCUGGCCAUGGGCACGGACCCCGACAUUGGUCUGCUUCUGCUGUCAUGUGAACCUCGCCUUAAGGUCGGCCUUUUAACGUACUCUCUCGGAGGCUUUCUCGCAACCUCUGAGAUGAGCAUGGAAGGGCGUGGCAGGAUCCCGGAUGAUGACUAGGAUCUCGAUAGGAACCUGGAAUGAUUCAUCUUGGUUCUCUGCCAGCCCGAAGGCGAGAUGAAUUAAUGAGUGGUUUUGUUUUUCUAGCGCCCCUUGUGGGACUCCUUCCGCUGCAAGGCUAGUGCCGGAUUCUGGGAGCAGUAUGAGGGGCGUACAGUCUUUAUGUUUAUCUUUUUGUGCGUAAAUUGACGAUCGUAGCUUUGUGUCCCUGGCGCGGGGACAUCGAUUCAUCCCUAGUUGUAUGAUUCACAUUAUGUCCCAAUUGCUUUGCCUCUUGAUCACCUCAGCCAGUUGCUUUUUCAACCGCUGGAUUGGGGUGUGAAACGAUCCAUUUUGAAGGCGAAAUUGAAUAUGACCGAUUGUACAGUUGCCCCUUCAAGGACUCCUUCCGAUGCGAGGCUAGUGCCGGAUUAUGGGAGUAGUAUGUGGGGCAGACAUCCACGUCCUUUCUGAACAUUGUUGCAAUUGGGACGCUGUCUGGAGUGACGCCAAAGCUCGAUUCUUCGUAGAGACACGUCAAUAAGUGAUACGGAACAAUUCCUUCAUGGUAGUCAGGAUAAUAUGAUAACAAUUAAACACCAUUUUUCACUAUUGUACAAC